GGAGAAUUCUUACUUUCCCUUUUCCACGACAGCUUCAAAUCUGUACAGAAAAUUUCCUUCAAUACCUACUCAUCGAUUCUUGAACUAUAACAAAAUUGGCAACUAAAAAAGUUCGAAUUUUUUUCAGUUUGGUCGCUCCAAUUUCAAACAUUUGCUUAGUGAAAUGAAAGGGGCAGAUUUUAAAUGGUACGAUGGAUUCUUCCUGUCAAUGUUAGCAACCAGUAUAAUCAUUGUGGCGAUAAAUUGGAAGCGGUACCAUCUUUGUAUAUAUCCGUUGCACAUUUGGAUAGUGGUUGACUACACAACAGUGUUUCUUUUUCGGCUCUUGAUGUUUGUUGAUAAUGGACUUGCUGCUGGAAUGGGAUUGGAUUUGGGUUGGCAGCAGAGAUACACUCGCUUUCGUGGAAGAAUAGUUGUUCUUUCAAUUCUUGCCCUGUUUCUGUAUCCUUUUCUUUGGGCUUGGACCAUUAUCGGGACUUUAUGGUUCACUAGUGCGAGAAACUGUUUGCCAGAAGAAGGUCAAAAGUGGGGCUUCCUUAUUUGGUUGCUGUUCAGCUACUGUGGACUCAUUGGCAUAGCUUGCAUAUCAAUUGGGAAGUGGUUAACUAGAAGGCAAGCCCAUUCUUUACGUGCUCAACAAGGAAUUCCUACUUCCGAAUUCGGGGUGCUGGUUGACAUGAUCAGAGUGCCAGAUUGGACUUUUGCAGCAGAAGGACAGGAGAUGAGAGCAAUGGGCCCUGAUGCUACUUCUUAUCAUCCAGGACUUUACUUAACCCAAGCUCAGACAGAAGCAGUGGAAGCACUCAUUCAGGAACUACCAAAGUUCCGGCUGAAGGCUGUUCCUACUGACUGUAGCGAGUGCCCUAUCUGUUUGGAAGAGUUUCGCAUGGGAAAUGAGGUUCGUGGUCUGCCUUGUGCUCACAACUUUCACGUGGAAUGCAUUGAUGAAUGGCUUCGCCUAAACGUGAAAUGCCCUAGAUGCCGCUCUUCUGUCUUUCCAAAUCUUGAUCUCAGUGCUUUAUCCAAUAUCCGAACCGAUUCAGAGGGGUCAACAGCCAAUGUUGUGACAGCCGCACAGUAUGUGAGAUCCCAACCCUCCAGCCAGAGCUAUCUGCUAAGAAUGCAAGGUUUGCUCCGCCCUGUACGCACACAGGAUGCUGGCCUGGGCAGUGAGGUAGAUCCAGCUGAUAUCAGCAACCAAGCAUCCACACCUCACAGUCAUGGAAACGUGGAACCUGUACAAGUUGUAGUGGAACAGUCUCCGAGGGAACAAUAACCAUACUUCCAGAGGAGGUUCUUUACCUUUUCAAAUUUCUAACUUGGUGAUUCCUAACAACUUGUAGUCAUUGUCCAGUGUUCGUAGUGGUUUCUCAUUGCAACCAAAUUUCAUCAAUUGGAAAUGUGGUGGCAAUGAUUUAUGUUCACAGCCAGCUUGUUCAGAUGGAGCAAUAUAUGUUUGUUUUACCACGAGUUUUAUCGAUUAAUUCACAUACUGUUUAUUCCGUGUCUAAA